UAUGACGUGUGUUUCCCGCGACCUUUAGCUUCGGCGGUUGUAGCGGUUUUCAGUGGAGGACUAGUUUGACUGGGUUUAAAAUGCUCAAAAAGAAAUCAAGCACCAGCGAGAAGAAAAGGAAGCACUUUCAGUCCGAGGAGCGACAUGACAGCGGUAAACGCAGGAGUACGGGACCCGGUUUAGAGGACUCCAAGGACGAACUCGCUGAUCCUGAGCUUGACAAAAUUGGCAGUGACAUUGAGGAAGGGGGACUGGACCUCAGCCUGGCCUUUAAGCCCAUCACAGCUUACGUCGGUGACAAGCGGGAGAUGCUGGAGCAGUGCUUCCAUGUGCUGGGGGAGAAGAAGCUACGGAAGAUGCUUCCUGAUGAACUCAAGGAAUGCAGUGUAGAGGAAAUCAAAACGCUGUGUUGGGAGCAGCUGGAACCCAUCAUGGAGAAAAAUCUCAUUCAGAUCUUAGCAGGGGAGGAGGUGACCGCCGGGAAUGACAAUGAAAACUCUGAGGAGUCUUUGGAAAGCCAGCAAGACAGUAUUGUAGACUCAACAUCGUGCCUCAAGGAAACUGCAAAAAGCGAGGACCCAAAGCAAGAGGCUGGCGGCUCUGGUGAAGAGAGCGACGUCCUCAGCAUAAACGCAGACACUUACGACAGCGACAUAGAAGGACCCAAAGAGGAGCAGACCGUUAAAGAGGAGCAGACUGCCGCAGUGAAGGAGGGAGACGACGAUGACGACAGCAGGCUGUGCACUGACCCGGCUGCAAAUCCAGAGCCGGCAAAUCCAGAGCCGAAGAAAGACAUUCAAAGCGACAUAGACAAGAGCGUGAGCGAGAUCUUGGCGUGCUCCUCCACUCCCAUCAAAGACGCGGCUAAAGAACCGAGCACACCGCUGCAGUCCCCAGAUGUCAGCGGACCCGUUUCCAGCGGCGACCCGGCCGUUUGUAAGCCGUCGAUUCAGCAGCUGGAGCUACUGGAGCUGGAAAUGAGAGCAAGAGCCAUAAAGGCUCUAAUGAAAGCAAGUAACGGGAAAACCCCUCAUGUAACGGCAAACACAUAGCGUGUCUUUACUUCAUGUGUUUUGUAAAAUGAUUAAUGCUCUUAAAAUAAUUCAGUUUGCACAUCCUGUCUUGUUUGUAGAGCUCAGCUCAAACCAUGAUGUUUGUUUUGCUCCACAUUGGAAUGAUUCCUAGAUGGUGUUUAAUUGUGUUUUUGCAUUAAACAAAGACCCCUCCUCCUGCAUGGGAUUG